CCCGUCAUGUCGGGGAGGUGACACGGCGUCGUGCGGGCGGCCAGCCGCGCUCGGUCCGGCCGAGUUUUACAGAGGCGGCUAAAGCUAGCCUGCUAGCCGCGCGGCAUCUGCCGAGUAUCGGGUGCCAUAGCAACGCCGACGGGCUCUCGGGCAACAUUAUCGCGCUUUAGUUCGCCACGGCGAAAAUACCGAGCAGGCAUCUGGUGUGAGAAUGAAUGCUGACGAUUGCAAUGGCCGUUCUUACAUGUCAGGCAAUGGAGAUUCUUCGACAGAACGUGAGUUUUUUGCAGGGCUAAGAGGACCUACAGUGAGCACUCCUAACAGUCAGCACUCUUCCCCCAGUCGCUCCCUCAGUGCUAAUUCCAUCAAGGUAGAGCUCUACAGUGAUGAAGAAGCAGGAGGCGCUCCACUUACAGAGAGGAGAAGAGGAGAACGGGAUGAGGGAUGGAAGGAUGAUAAAGGAGACGUGCCUGAAGAGGGGGGAGUGGAGAUGGGUGGAAGGGUUCGAGGUCAGGGAGGAAGCAGCUGUGGGGAGAUGGGCAGCCCUGAGCCUGCUUCACCUGGACCUAUUCGGCUGCCCAAUGGAAAACUGAAGUGUGACAUAUGUGGAAUGAUCUGCAUUGGUCCUAAUGUUCUGAUGGUACACAAACGCAGCCAUACAGGUGAGCGGCCAUUCCAGUGUAACCAAUGUGGAGCAUCCUUCACACAGAAGGGUAACUUAUUGCGUCACAUCAAGCUCCACUCUGGUGAAAAGCCUUUCAAAUGCCCGUUCUGUAACUACGCCUGCCGUCGCCGUGACGCACUCACAGGUCACCUCCGCACCCACUCUGUUUCCUCUCCGACUGUGGGAAAGCCCUAUAAGUGCAGUUACUGUGGCCGUAGCUACAAGCAGCAGAGCACACUGGAGGAACAUCGAGAGCGAUGCCACAGCUACCUUCAGAGUCUGGACCAUCAGCCUGCACACAGCACCCAAUCCACACAGGGUGAGGAGUCUCGCAAUAUGGACGUGAUUCCUGACCCUCUGGUCCAUCCCUCCUCAGAAAAAAUGACCUUCAUUGAACGGGUGGCUAACAGCAUUACUAAAAGGAAGCGGUCAACACCUCAGAAGUUUCUAGGGGAAAAGCACAUGCGGCUGAACAUUUCUGAUGCACCUUAUGUACUCAGCUCCAGCCCUGAAAAGGAGCGGGACGUGCUGGGUUCACACGCCGGAGGCGACCCCGCUGCUUUAGUAGGCGUAGGAAGCCGCUAUCUCCGUGGACCCCGUGGUGGAGGUGGAGAAAGAGGAGGAGGUGAAGACAUGGAUUCACCGUGCGCCAUGCGUCUGCCUCCCCCUCACCCAGCCUGCAUGUCCGAGUUCACCCCCGUCAUCAGCUCAGCCUACCCCCACAUCACACCCCUGGGCCAGCGCCUAAACUGCGGGGGGGGCAUAUCUAUGGGCCUAGCUGGACGGGAGGCGGGCGAGGGCCAUGAAGACAUGCCCUCAGGCCGCAGCCAUGCCACCUCGCCCAGCAACGGCUGCCAGGACUCCACAGACAACGAGAGCAUGGCAGAGGAGCAGUGCAUUGUGGCCAGUGUCCCGCCUGGCAGCUCCAACCACCGCGGGCGAGAGAGGCACAGCCCCAGUCACGCCAAAGAAACAGACCUUGAUGUAGAGAGGGAGAGGGGCGUCCCUGGGGCCCUGUCGACGGUCCCAGCUAAAGGAAGCCCACGGUCUCCGCCCACCUCCAGGGAGACCAUGCAGGUGGUGGACGGAGAGGGCCGGCCGGUGCGCUCCUUCCGUUGCGAGCACUGCCGCAUCUUCUUCCUGGACCAUGUCAUGUUCACUAUCCACAUGGGUUGCCACGGCUUCCGCCAGCCCUUCGAGUGCAACAUAUGUGGCCACCGAAGCCAGGACCGCUACGAGUUCUCCUCGCACAUCGUCCGUGGGGAGCACCAGGUGGGCUGAGAAGGGGUUAAAGGGCUGGUCUGUGGGUGGGACGGGUUUUUCAGAAGAGGGAGGAGGGUACUGACAGAGAGACGUAUGCUGCUUUUGAGAUGACACGGAGUCCAGUUUGGUCUGCACCAGAGUUGGGGGGGGCAGGACAAAUGAGCACUUGCUUUUACUGUUAAGUGAACACCAUGCUUUCCUUUUGAAGGCUAACUGGCAUAGGCGCAAACUGAAGAUGCUGGAGGGGUGGGGCUUGGCCUGGUGCAAUGGAGAGAGAUUAGAUUAGAACAGAGGGAGUAGAUCGUACCACCUGAUUGCACUCCCAAAUCAAUUUAUUUGGCAAGACGAAGCUGUUUUGCUUUAGAAGUGCCUUUCUUCAGUGGGGUUUACCUAUUCUUGGUUUGUUAGAGAAACUUGGUGCUUGAGCAUGCUGCAGUAGGAGGCAGGGCCGGUGAAAUCUUGCCAGCAGCAUUUCCACACAGUCUGUGUGUUAGAGGUUGUGAGUGUGUGAGAAUGUGUGCGAGACAGUGACUGUCAAAAAAAACAAAAAAACGCUUGCUGCUGAGUGAGAUCCACAGCUCAAGUAUACUCAGAAGCUUAUUGUUUGGACUCCUUUUGCAGUAGUUCUUAGCGGCUGUGGAGUUUAGUGGACUCAGGGAGGACGCAGGGGAACUAAAGGAGAAACGUAAAGCAGCAACAUGAGCUGCAGGCCUCUUUAGGGCUCGGAGAAAGAGGAGAUCUGUAUGUUAGCCAUACAAACGGAGCACACACACGUAUUGCCUUAAUUAGUUGCUUUAUAUCAACCCUGUAUUAGCUAGUUGUUGAAUUGCAUGCCAUUUAAUACUGGUGAUUACUGGAGGCACAAUACAACAUUUUGCCAAUUGCCUAACCGUGGCAGACUGAAGUCAAGGAGGAUUAAGAAUUAGGUCAAGCCUUGGAUAAUUGUAUAUUUUAUUUCUUCUAAAAACAGUGUAUGCUAAAUGUCUUAUUUAAGUGGAAAUUAACUUGAAAUAUUUUGCCUUAGUUUUUGAGUGUACAGCAGCAGGUAACCUUUGUCCAGGUCAAAUUCUUGGACUUGCUGGUUUCCUUGUGCCUCAGAUCUUGAUUGUUGUUUUUAAUCUAGAUAGACCUCACCUCAGUGGCGAUGAAGUUUGUUGAAAAAAAAAAAUCUUCAGGACUACAGAGGUUUCUGUAUCAUUUUUGCAGUCCCCCCUUAUAUCCAGCCUGUACAAUGAAGUUGUUGAAUAUGAAAUGAUCGCCUAGCUUCGGUUAACAAAAGGUACAUCGACUCUGUUCUAGAGUUGAUCAAAACUGGGCUAAACGUUGUGUACUAGGCAGUUGCAAACUGGUGUAGUGAAGCACUGAACAGUGAAAGGAGCCUUAAUGUGCUGGUGCAGAUCAAACACAGACCCAUAUCACAUUCUGUGACUCUGACGAACGAUGAGGAGGGGGUUGUUACCUCGGAGGAGGUUUGCACUUUUCUAACUCUGCUUAAAUGUGAGUGUUUUGCUGGGGCUGUCGGGUGGGCUCUAGGGGGCGGGGCUGUUACUAAAAGGCUUUAGGGGAUCCUACAGUACUCACUGGUGACUGAGCUUUGGAACAUAUUCUUUUGUUUUCUGAAAUUGCUCUAUUGCACUGAUUUCUGAUAAAAUGCUAUUUAGGGAAAAUAAGUAACAAUUUGAUACGAGAAUAUGUAGGUUAUAAAGACCAGAUAAACAGUGUGUUGUUUUUAAAGUUCUAUAAAUACUAUUUUCCUAAUGAAAGGGGUCAUUGUCACAGGUUUCAGACGAGAAAACUUCUCCUUGUGUUGUAAAAUUGGUGCUUGGUUGUUUGUGUGGCUUCUGCCCUUGAUAUUGGACUUAACUUGUAUCCUGUACGCUUGUCCUGUGUGAACGUCACGUACGAGUUCAUGUAUCAAGGUACACCUAACCCCCCCCCCCUCCAACAACUAUGGAUUGCUGCUUGAGUUGAGGGAAAAGAGUGGAUUCGUUGUUGCAGAAUUGUGUACCGUCCUGCCAAGAUAUUGUGGCCUGUAAGUCCUCUCUUGCACAAUUUGAAACGAAUACGGCAGAAAACUAAAGCACCAAUGUUCGAAUUUUGAAAAUAUCAAAGAUUUUUUUUAAGUUUGUUUGUUACCACCUUUUCUAAAGUGGAAAGUGCUUAAGGAUACUUUGAUAUUGUAGCAUGUUUGUCACUCAGCCUUUGUGAAGGUGGUCAGCUAUCUCCCAAACCUGCUUACUUGUGAACCACUGAUCUAGUGUUAUACCUAUCGCUAGCUGAAAUGCAUCUGGUAACCUCUUAAGAUGUGCAUUUGGCUUCACGGCCAACAGUGUGAAUGAUUUCAGAGGAAGACUAUAAACGAGACCAAAACCAGUAUUUCCUUUUCAAUGCUAAGUCAAUAGCUUUGCACCCUUCAUAGCUGAAGAAAGUUCACUCUUCUUCUACCGUAGACAUAACAAAUUUACUUGAAGUUAUUUAAAAAAAAAAAUCAAAUAUAUAUAAUACUUAAUGAUGCACUUAAUGGUUGAAAUGAAAUUAUGUAAAUAAUUAUAUGGUAUGUAUGACUGAGAAGGUAGCAUGUUUGCUUAUUUGUUUGCUGGAAAUCUGGAACUGUUCAGCUUGUAAAAUAUUAGCUGCAAAUUUUCCCUAUUUCCUCCACCCCAACCUCACUGUUUUCUCCCCAAAGUUUGUUUCCCUGAACCCCGUGUGUGAUGAACUUAAAUUAAUAUUUUUAAAUGAACUGUGAAGUGACCAUAACAAGCAGCAAGAGAGACCGAGAGGUUUUGGUGAGGCAGGGAAUGAAUUCCCUUUCAUACUUACAGGCUUUCUCCUGGGUUCAAUGUUUGUAAAGGCUUUGUGAGAAAAAAAUAUGUAUAUGACAAAGAAAAAACUCUUUACCUCAAAUUUGUUCAAAUAUGAAAAACUGCCUCAUGUUCUUUAAAAAGGUGUGUUGGUUUCAAGAGGUAUUGUUUAUUUGAGUUUGUUUUUAAGGAGUGUAACCCAACAUUCAGUUGAAGUACUUUUUCAUGUCCAAUAAAGUAAUAUUUGUCGUA